UAUUUUCUCGCAUUUCAUUUCUUCCCGAGUAAAAACUAAAAAGAGGAGAGAGAUUCAAAAAGAGAGAGAAGGGGGUGGGCUUCCUUUUCUCCAUUUCGAUUUAUUUAUUUAUUUUUGUUUCUCGCGAAAACUCCUGUUUAUCUUUGCCUGUUUAUAUCUUUGAAUCUCCGGCGAUUAGCCUGAACCCCUGAUCUGGAUCUUGGAGGAAGUUCGAUUUCUAGGGUUUUCUUUGGGUCGUUUCUUAGUGAAUCUGAUCUGGGUGGGGAGGGUUUGCUCGUUGGUAAGGUUUUGCUUUGCCUUUGUUUUGGUCGGGAUCUUAGGGAUUCGGAGUUUUUAAUUUGAUCUAGAGACGGCAGCCAUGGAAGCGAUAGAGGAGUUGGUUCAGCUCUCCGAGUCGAUGUUGCAGGCAAGUGCUCUGCUUGCAGAUGAAGAUAUUGAGGAGAACUCAUCAUCGCGGAGGGCCUCUACUUUCUUAAAUGUCGUCGCCCUUGGCAAUGUUGGUGCUGGUAAAUCGGCCGUGUUGAACAGUUUAAUUGGACAUCCUGUUCUGCCAACUGGUGAAAAUGGUGCUACUCGAGCUCCCAUCAGCAUUGAUCUUGUAAGAGAUGGCUCCCUAAACACCAAAUCGAUCAUCUUGCAAAUUGACAAUAAGUCCCAGCAGGUUUCUGCAAGUGCUCUCCGGCAUUCUCUGCAGGAUAGGCUAAGUAAGGGCUCCUCUGGUAAGAGCCGUGAUGAAAUUUAUUUGAAGCUACGUACUAGUACAGCUCCACCGUUAAAACUGAUUGAUUUACCUGGAUUGGAUCAGCGUAUUAUGGAUGACUCAUUGAUCAGUGAGUACGUUGAACACAAUGAUGCGGUUUUGCUAGUCAUAGUACCUGCUGCCCAAGCACCAGAAAUUUCUUCUUGUCGAGCACUCAAAAUUGCUAAGGAAUUUGAUUCAGAGGGUACUAGAACCAUUGGUGUAAUUAGUAAAAUAGAUCAAGCUGCUUCAGACCAGAAAAUCCUAGCUGCUGUUCAGGCCUUAUUGCUUAAUCAGGGGCCACGGAGUACAUCAGAUAUUCCAUGGGUUGCUUUAAUUGGGCAAUCUGUUUCUAUAGCCUCUGCACAGUCUGGAUCUGUUGGCUCUGAAAAUUCUCUGGAAACUGCUUGGCGAGCUGAGAGUGAAAGUCUCAAAUCUAUACUGAUUGGAGCUCCUCAAAGUAAACUUGGUCGGGUGGCUUUGGUGGACACCCUUGCUCGCCAGAUUCGUAAGCGUAUGAGAGUCAGGCUUCCAAAUUUGCUUUCUGGGCUUCAAGGAAAAUCUGAAAUGGUUGAGGACGAAUUAGUAAGGCUUGGUGAGCAAAUGGUCCAUACUGCUGAAGGUACAAGAGCUAUAGCUUUGGAGCUUUGUCGUGAAUUUGAGGACAAGUUUCUCCAACAUAUUACUUCUGGUGAGGGUGGUGGUUGGAAAGUUGUUGCAAGCUUUGAGGGGAAUUUCCCUAGCAGGAUUAAGCAGCUCCCCUUAGACAGACAUUUUGACAUCAACAAUGUCAAAAGGAUUGUGCUGGAAGCUGAUGGCUAUCAACCUUAUCUUAUAUCCCCGGAAAAAGGUUUAAGAUCUUUAAUAAAGGGUGUCCUGGAACUGGCUAAAGAGCCAUCACGUCUUUGUGUUGAUGAGGUCCACCGUGUACUGGUAGAUAUAGUUUCUGCUGCUGCGAAUGCCACACCUGGUCUUGGUAGAUACCCCCCUUUUAAGCGAGAGGUUGUGGCAAUUGCAAGUGCUGCAUUGGAUGGUUUCAAAAAUGAAGCAAAGAAGAUGGUGGUUGCUUUAGUUGACAUGGAGAGGGCUUUUGUUCCUCCUCAACACUUCAUCCGUUUAGUACAAAGGAGGAUGGAUAGGCAACGUCGUGAGGAAGAGCAGAAGAACCGAUCCUCUAAAAAAGGACAUGAGGCAGAGCAAGCCAUAUUAAACCGAGCAACUAGUCCUCAGACAGGAGGUCAACAAACUGGGGGAAGCCUGAAAUCGAUGAAAGAAAAAUCUGGUCAGCCAGACAAGGAUGCCCAAGAGGGUUCUGCUCUGAAGACAGCUGGACCUGGUGGGGAGAUAACAGCAGGCUUUCUAUUGAAAAAAAGUGCAAAAACCAAUGGCUGGAGCAGACGGUGGUUUGUUUUAAAUGAAAAAAGUGGCAAGCUUGGAUACACCAAAAAGCAAGAGGAGAGACAUUUUCGUGGGGUUAUAACUUUGGAGGAAUGUAAUAUAGAAGAGGUUUCAGAAGAAGAAGAACCUCCAUCUAAAAGUUCCAAAGAUAAAAAGGCAAAUGGACCAGAUUCUGGAAAAGGACCCAGUCUUGUGUUUAAGAUUACUAGCAAGGUUCCAUACAAGACUGUCUUGAAAGCUCACAGUGCUGUUGUAUUGAAGGCUGAGAGCAUAGCGGAUAAGAUUGAGUGGAUGAACAAGAUAAGGAACGUAAUCCAACCUUCAAAGGGAGGCCAAGCAAAGGGUUCCGAAACUGGUCUUCCCAUUAGGCAGAGUCUUUCUGAUGGUUCUCUGGAUACAAUGGCUAGAAGACCUGCUGAUCCAGAAGAAGAGCUCCGGUGGAUGGCUCAAGAAGUACGUGGUUAUGUGGAGGCAGUGCUGAACAGUCUAGCUGCCAAUGUCCCCAAGGCGGUGGUCCUUUGUCAAGUUGAGAAGGCUAAGGAAGACAUGCUUAAUCAGUUAUACAGCUCUGUCAGUGCCCAAAGUACGGCCAGGAUUGAAGAGCUGCUCCAAGAGGACCAGAAUGUCAAGCGUAGGAGGGAACGAUUCCAGAGACAGUCUUCUCUUCUUUCAAAACUCACACGUCAACUUAGUAUCCAUGAUAACCGAGCAGCUGCUGCAUCUAGCUGGUCUAAUGGUACUGGUGCAGAGAGCAGCCCAAGAUCCAGUGUUCCAUCAGGUGAUGAUUGGAGAUCUGCAUUUGACGCCGCUGCAAAUGGUCCAGUUGAUCGUUCCAGUUCGUAUGGUGACUCUAGGUCUUCUUCCAAUGGCCAUAGCAGGCGGUACAGUGACCCAGCACAGAAUGGUGAUGCAAGUUCUGGCCCAAAUUCUGGUAGCCGCCGUACUCCAAAUCGGUUGCCACCCCCACCACCUGGUUCUUCAGCAUAUAAAUAUUAGAUAACUGAAUUAAUUGAUCAAUAGAUGAUAUUUUCAUGCAUUCGUGGUGGGUGCGUCUUUGCUCAGCCCCUUUCAUCAUUUGAGCAUUUAGUCGGUUCAAAUUCUGUCAAAGCAGCCGAAGAAGGAAAGGGUGUCUGUGUACAUAAAAAACUGCAUUUCUCUAUAAUUUCCCCUUCAAACAUUGGGUUUCAAGUUGCACUUGAAAUCUUAUUGUUACAACGCUCCCGUUCUAUUGGAUGUCACUACUUUUUUUGUUUCUCUUAUUUGGGGUUUUUCUUCUAUUUUUACCAUUGGGAAGUUGCCCGUUUUGAACCCUGCUACUGUAUUUGUUUGUAUUGAUUUUAUUGCAGAGUGAGCCCCCUCCCCCUCCCUACAAAUUUGCUUUCUCCAUAUCAAUGAUUCAAUAUCACCUCUUUUGAGAAGGCGGAAAA